AUGGCGCCCGUCGCAGGAAGCGUGCCGAGCAAUGCGCCCGCCAAGGACGUGCAGCGCUCGUCUGCGCAGCCUGCGACGCCUGCGCAGAUGGACGCUAUCCGGCGACUUGUGCAGGUGGUUGUGCGUUUGUUCUACGACGACGGCCAUAUUCUGCUGAUGGACCAGCUUGUGAGCGUUGCAGCGAUCCCGACCGAUGUACUUGCACGGCGCGUUGGGCUCCAGCCGCGAGACCUUGGGGCGCUUGCGGCGAAGAUGGUGGAAGACAAUCUGGUAUCUAUUCACCGCUCGCAGGAAAACAGAGACAGUUUGAUGGCGCGCGCGUUUUCACGCACGUACUACUACAUCGAUUACAAGCAUUUCCUCGAUGUGAUAAAGUGGCGGAUGAUGGCAAUGCGGCGGCAUAUUGAUACAAAGCUGCGCAAUGGGCUUGAUAAUAAGGGAUAUGUAUGCCUGCGCUGUCGUCGGUCCUACUCGGCGCUCGAAGUGGGCCAUCUCUUGAACUUUUCGAGGAAUGUGUUCGUGUGCGAGACGCCUGGGUGCAAUACGGAGCUGGUCGAUAACGAGGAUGCAGAGGAUGUGCGGCGAUCCAAGGAUACGCUCACGCGCUUUAAUGAGCAGCUGUAUGUUGUGCAACAGGCGCUGCGCAGUGUCGAAGGUGUCGCGCUGCCACCGAUGGACAUUCAUGCAUGGCUCGCAAAGCACGCUGCAACGCAGCCCUGGGUGCAUGAGAUGCCACGCGACGAUAAACAGUUUGUGCCGGGCGCAGCGCCGCGCCCUACGCAAAAGGGCCCGAGCGUGCGUGUGGAAAUGUCGGGGAGCGACCCGACCGCGGAGCUGGAGAAGCAGCAGGAACGCGUGCGCGAAGAAGACAAACAGCGUGCACAGAACAUGUUGCCCGCCUGGCAUCUUGCAUCGACUGUCAGCGGCGAGAGGACGGGUCUUGGGACUGCUAUUGCGGAGCGGCGCACCGAUGCAGCGGCGGCAGCUCCCGCCGCGCAGCAGGAAGAGGCACACGACGAAGAUAUCGACUACUAUGCCCGGUAUACAUCGCAGCUCGAGACGGCCCCGGAGGAGGAGGGUGGCUGGAGCGACGUUGAUGUGGAUACGCUCAGUGGCGCAAAGCGCAAAGCGGAAGAGGACACGGAGUUGGAAGCGAAACGCGCGCGCACAGAGCCCGCAGACGACGAGGACGACGAUAUGGAGGAUGUUAUCUAG